CACUGGCAGCCUGCGGGUGUUUCUUCCUCCUGGGGGGUGCCCUGGCCCUCUGCUAUAAGAAGAAGGCGAUGACCUCGGCUCGGGACCAGCCUCUCCCUGCUCCGGAUCUCUACAUCGCCAAGCCCCAUUUUGCUGUGACCAAACGCUCCGCGUGGCUCAUUUCGACUCCCCGCCCCGCCCCGGCGCCCUCCAGCGACAUUGUCUCCAGCCCCCCCCGUCCUUCCGCCACCGUAACGGGGCCCGGAGUCCCGCCCGCCUGUCGGGCCCCGGAUCGGGGAUGCUGGACCUGCCGGGGCCCCCAUUCCCACAGGCACGCGGCCCUGAUUCCCUGCUGUUUUCCAGGCAGCCCCGUCCCCUCCCUUCCCGAGACCGCCCUGCUGGUGGACAAAGUCCCCGCACAUCACCGCUCGCUGCAGCAGGGGAGGAAGCUGUACACCGUCAUCAACGCCGUGCCGGUGCGCCGCUGGAAGGAGUUUGUCAGGGGCCUGGGGCUGCAGGACGGUGAAAUCGAGCUGGUGGAGCUCGAGCACUCCCAGUUCCGCGAGCAGCAGUACGAGAUGUUGAAACGCUGGUGUCAGCGGCGGGGCGCCUCGGUGGACGCCGUCUUGGCCACCCUGGAGGCCAUGCAGCUGGGGGGCUGUGCCCAGGAGCUGAGGGAGCAACUGGAGGUGGAGCCCUUGCAGGGGGCUGCCCUCCAACUGGGUUGACUCGGUG